AUGCCCAUUUCUAUAUUUCCUAUGGCCACAUCAGGACGGAUACACACCAACUUCACAGAUGUCGAAUCCUUGUUAUCUUUCAAAGCUCAGCUUGGCGAUCCAUAUGGCGUGUUAGCCGCCAACUGGACCACCAACACCUCCUUCUGCAACUGGGUCGGAAUCUCAUGCAGUCAUCGGCAUGAACGAGUCACUGCCAUAAGACUUCUACAUCUUCCUCUUGAUGGUACUAUCUCUUCUCACCUUGGGAACCUCUCUUUCCUCUCAGUGCUCUUUCUUGGUAACUGCAGUCUUACAGGCCCCAUCCCUCAAGUCCUUGGUCAGUUACCACGUCUAAAGACACUCAACCUCAUAUACAACAUUCUCUCUGGUCCUGUUCCUGCCAGUAUCUUCAAUAUGUCUUCGCUGAUCACGUUAUCUCUUAGUUAUAAUAAUCUCAUUGGCCCUCUUCCAUCAAACAACAGCUUUUUCGCACUCCCUCGGCUUGAACUUAUCUCUCUCUCAUUUAAUCAACUGACAGGUGAGAUUCCAUCUGCCUUUGCUGAAUGCAGAGCUCUCCAAGGUUUUUCCUUGUCAUCUAAUGAGUUUACAGGAACUAUACCUUCUGAACUGGGCCACUUGACAAAUCUCACACUGCUAUAUCUUGGAACAAAUCAAUUGACUGGAACAAUUCCAAACUCCUUGGGCAAUCUCACAAAGCUCACCGCUCUUGAUCUUGGCGAGAACUUGUUCGAAGGAGUAAUUCCCAAGGAGCUUGGGUACCUACCAAAUCUUGAAUAUCUAAAUCUCGGUCCUAAUAGGCUAACUGGUGCCAUGCCCGACUCUCUUCUGAAUGCUUCCACACUUACCUUUCUCCAACUUACUUUUAACAAUUUAACGGGAUCAAUUCCUGUUAGAAUCGGUGAGUCGUUGCCCUCACUUACCAGAUUGCUCAUUAAUGCCAACCACUUCACUGGAGGACUCGACUUCAUCACAUCGCUUUCUAACUGGAGGGAUCUAGUAUUUCUGGACAUUACACGUAAUGAAUUUGAUGGUGUUCUUCCACAUUCCAUCGGAAAUCUUUCUCUCAAUCUUUAUCUUUUUGGUGCAGCUCAAAACAACAUAGAAGGAGAAAUUCCUAGAACUCUAGGCAACUUAAGUAGCCUUGUUUUUCUCGAUCUUAGUGUAAACGAGCUAGUCGGGAAAAUACCACUUGAUAUUGCAAAGCUAGAGAAGCUUCAGUCUAUGUCUCUAGGUAGUAAUAAAAUCGGUGGACCGGUACCAUCAAAGCUUAAUUCAAUGAGGAGCCUAGGAUCACUGCUCCUCGAAGAGAACAAACUCAUUGGGCCUAUACCAGAUUCUAUAGGCAACAUCAGCCGGCUACAACACUUGUCGCUUUCUUCCAACCGAUUGUCAUCAACCAUUCCCAUGAACUUGUGGAACUCAGGAAAUUUAAUCGAGCUCAGACUUUCACGAAAUUCCUUCCAUGGAGAACUUCCUCCCCAAGUGAGAAACUUGAAGGCCCUCGAUGUUUUGGAUCUAUCAGUGAAUAAGUUUUCUGGAAAUAUUCCUACUGUGCUUGGUCAUCUUGUGAUGCUUGCACAUCUUGAUUUUUCUCGGAACUCAUUUCAAGGUGAAAUUCCACCAUCUCUUGGUUCCCUGGUUAAUGUCAAAUAUCUCAAUCUGUCUCACAAUUUUCUAUCGGGUUCCAUAUCCAAGUCUAUAGCAAAUAUUCCUCAGCUUGGCAGCCUAGACCUUUCCUUCAACAAAUUAGAAGGACAAAUUAAUUUGUAGAGUUAGCGAAAAAUUCGAAGAAGAGAA